ACGCAGGUUCGUCCAUCGCUAACGCCGCCAUUACUACAUAACCUCCGACCCGGACCGGAAGUGAAGACGCACGCUUAGUUCCCGUAGGAAGAUAAACUCCAUUUUCGUGGUCCGGCUAACCUUGCCAGCACCAUUUUAUGAAACGGCAGGGGAGUUAAUCAAGAAACUAUUAGAAAGACUCUUCGAAGAGGGGAUUUUAGACAUACAUCUGACCAAGGAACUACAUGUGAAUACUCAUCCAGUAUUUACUUUUGCACACGGUGCGACACCAAACACUACGGAACACGCUCUUUGAAACUAGCCUCCGCAAAGCUACAACUGCUAACUACUCUUCUCGUUUAAUACAACGAAACCUCCAGCCAAAGGAAUACAGAAUGACCGCCCCCUCUUCCCAAAAAGUCGUGCUCAAAAGCACCACCAAAGUAUCUCUAAACGAGCGCUUCACUAACAUGCUGAAGAACAAGGCGCCCUCAGUGGUGAGUGUGCGAGCCACAAUGCAGCAACAACACCUGGCCAGUGCACGUAACCGUCGGCUAGCCCAGCAAAUGGAAAACCGACCAUCGGUGCAAGCUGCACUGCACUACAAGCAGAGCCUGAAGCAGCGCUUGGGGAAAAGCAACAUUCAGGCACGGCUGGGCCGACCUAUCGGGGCACUGAUGCGUGCAGGAGGCGCUGCCGGUCGAGGAGGGAUGCAAGGAAUUACCAGGGGCAGUCUUCGAGGGCGCAUCCGAGGAGCAGCUCGGGGUGCUUUGGGCCUCAGAGGGAAGCGCAUUUCAGCAGGCCUGAUUCACAUCCGUGGUCGUGGUGUUUCAGGACGAGCUAUGCUGCGGGGAGUGCAAAGGGGAGGGCCUCUCUCUCGAGGAGCCGGACGAGGACUGGGUGUUAGAGGUCGCGGUGUUCUGCGAGGACGUGGUGGCUUCCCUGCUCGAGGUGGUCGGGGUCGUGGGCGAGGCAGAAUAGUUGGUCGCGCCUCCUCUCUAACCCGGGAACAGCUGGACAAUCAGUUGGAUGCCUACAUGUCGAAAACCAAGGGCCACCUCGAUGCUGAACUGGAUGCAUACAUGGCCCAGGCAGACACUGAUGGCAUGGAGUGAUGUUCCAGGAGCCGAUCGUAGAUGGCUGACACAGGCUUCUACGCUGUACAAGUCACAUUGGAUAGAAACUCAAAUAGUUUCUGAAGCUGAACUCAACAAAUGCAGCUUACUAUUAUUUAGAAAAGGCGCCCACGAAAAUAUAGAAUGCAGUCAGCAAAACUGCUGCCGAAAUUGAAGCCUAACUCUAGAAAAUAAAUCUGAACCGUGGCUUACCAAAUCUGCAAGCUUUAAUCUUUUACAUAAUUACAAAUAUCUGGAAGUUCUAAAAAUGUAUACAAUGUGUUUUUCUGUAUGCCUUGCUCUGACAGAUGUAUAUAUCUUGGAUAUUUCUAUAUCUAUAGAUGUAUAAUAUUUCUCAUGAUCGAUUUGUCCUGAUGCAAAGCUGCUAUUGUAAAAGGUUGAUAUGAUCGUUUUUGUACUGAAUUGGCAUUGGACUUUUACCACAAUUUUUUUAAGUAUUUUUAAGGAGAUCAUCGAAUUCCUUUUUAUUUAUAAGAGGCCAAUACCAAGGUUUGAUACUUUUUUCCUUAGUUUACAGAAUAUCCAUGUGUCCAUCAUUUUUAAUUGGAAUUAUUUGUAUUGACUUGACAUCUUACACAAGCAAGUAGAAUGUAAUUCAAACAAUAGUGUUCCCCUGCUGAUGUGAUCGAGAAUCCAAUGUUUUUUUAUAAAAAAAAAAAGUCCAGCAGAGGAAAUCAAUUUGCAUUCUCCUGUUUCUUUUUUCCCUUUUUACGUUUGGGAUGUUGAUGCCUUCAUGUUGGGCCAUGGCUGCACAGUUGCAUUUGUGGAACUGUUUCAGUCCACCUACGAUCAUUAUAGGGAGCGUGGUGGUUUUCAAUGGUAGGGUGUAAUGUGCCUGGGCUUGUGCAUUGUGACACAUUGGACUGUUGAUUAUGCUGGUUGUAAUGUUUUUGGUCAAGAUUUAGGAAAUAUUUCUCAUGUGCAGAUAUCGUUUGGUACUGCACCAGCGGCAAAACUAGUUUUCAUAAGCCUAAAUUACGCUAUGUUGUGAUUAAGGCUUAAAUUAACAUGGUAAAACAAAUCUGCGAGCUAAUCUAUUCUAUAAUCAUGAUCCUCUUAAUAUGGAUGACUGAAUCAAAAAAUCCAUGCAUUGGCAUGUACAAGCAGCAAGAAAUUGCCUGACGAACCCUAAAUCCUAAGCCUGACCUCUUUGAGUGUGUUAAUGCCGCCCUGAUAGUUUGGUUUAUUGUGGGGCGUGCAAAAUGUUUGACGCAAUUUACCGGACGUAUUUUGUGUUGGAGCAAUGGGAGUUGGGGUAUUCAGUCAAUCUGUGGAUCCCUAUGGUUGUUCUAGGGACUCUUAUUACGGAUUGGUAACCCUAACCCCUAUAGCUCUGCACUUGACUGCACGAUAGUCUUCAAAUUUGUCGACACUUGCAUUCCCGUUAUGCAGGGCCCCAAAAUAAUUGGUGCAGAAAUUCCCAUAGGGGGUUCUAUUCCUUCCGGUCAAAGUUAAACACUCAGAAUUUCCUCCCUAAAGGAUUAAAAUAAAAAUUCUGAAACUUGCUGUACAUGCCUUAUUUUAGAUGCUGAACAUUUUUGCAAUUUGAACCAAUCAUAACCGGCGGGAUAUAUUUUGGCCUACUCUACCGAUCAGAUCGCCUAAUUAACGAAAUAAUAUUAGCUACUUUCAUGUGAGAGGGCACGGGUAGGGCACCACCUUCCCAGCGCUGUCACAGCAGGGGAAAAAGGUGUCGCCCUUGCUCCCAAAAUAUUUGGUAGAUGGACAGAUAACACACAUUGAGAAUUUCUUAUUGGAUGCCUUGCUAAAGAAGUAUACCCAUAAUAAUGGGUGUAUGGGUCUUUCGACAAUGCGUUCAUGAAUAAGGUAUAUUGAGUAGCAAAACACUGGUAGCGACACACGAAUACGACAGACAAAUAUAAUGGAACUCAAUUGUUUUAUUUUAUUCAACAAUUGAUACAUGAGAAAAUAGUUAAAUAGGCCUAAUCCGUCCCAUUGAAAGGUCUUUGAUGACUUUAUUACAAAAACAGAUAUACCGCUUCCAUCUGCAAGAAUAUAAUAGGCUGAUGUUAGAUUUUAUUAUAGCUGGCAAAUAUUACAAGAA